UUUCCAAACAAUUAAAUAAAAAUUAAAAUAACCCAAAAACACACUCAUUUUCUCUCUCUCUCUCUGAAAAAAAAUUGUGUUUCUUUAUUCAAUUUAUUUCCCAUUUUUCUCCAUUUUUUCCUACUAUUUUCACUAUAAAGAUUCAUUUUUUUGAACUCUACAAUGUAUGAUCUUUCUUUAAUGAUCAGUUUUGUUGAUUGAAUUUUGUGUAUUUUGGGAAUUUGGAGUUCUGAAAAAAUGUUGGAAGCAGUGGAGAGUAGAGUGCAUGGAAAUGGGUUUAGUAAUAAUUUACAGAGUUGUGGUGGGGAUAGCAGUGAAGAGGAAUUAUCAGUGUUACCAAGGCAUACUAAGGUUAUUGUGACUGGUAAUAAUAGGACUAAGUCUGUACUAGUUGGACUUCAAGGAGUUGUUAAGAAGGCUGUUGGUCUUGGUGGUUGGCAUUGGCUGGUUCUUACGAACGGCAUAGAGGUGAAGCUGCAGCGGAAUGCUUUAAGUGUGCUUGAAGCUCCCACUGGUAAUGAGGAUGACGAUGACCUUGAAUUUGAAAACGUCCAGUGGAAUGGUUCGGAUAUGGCAUCCGAUGAUACACAGAAGUCUCAUAGGUCAAGACAUCGCACCCAUAAAUCGUUUGGGUCAUCUCACAAGACCAUGAGCCGCUCCCUUUCGUGUGACUCACAGUCAAAAGGAUCUAUUUCUACUCACCGUGGGUCCAUGAAGGUUGACCUAAGCAAACUUGAGAUGGCUGCACUGUGGAGAUAUUGGCGACACUUUAACCUUAGGGAAGCCAUACCUAACCCCUCGAAGGAGCAACUAAUUGAUGUUGUCCAAAGGCACUUCACAUCUCAGCAACUGGACGAGUUGCAGGUAAUUGUGGGAUUCGUCCAAGCAGCCAAGAGACUCAAGACGGUCUGCAAAUGACCCGGGGCAAACUUCUUUUGUCAUGCUCCUAACGCUAACCAGUAGUGGUACCUUUGUGUCCACUUGCUAUUGCAGUAAAAUGUGUAGUAUAUGUAUACUCCUGUUUAUCCCUCUUUAUGUCUUUGCUUAGUCCUAGUUUUAUGUAGAUAAAUGAAAUGCUGAACUAACUCUGGUUGGAAUUGGAUGUACUUACUUCACAUGUAUAGUCUGAUGUGUGAACUGUUAAUCAUCAUUCAACCAACUGAAAUCUUGGUUUGGUAUUA